AUGAAUGCUUUGAGCUCUCUCUGCAUGUUUCGAUCUGAUUCAUUGGUCUUAAAUGACAUUCUGGUUAUAAAGCCUCCGAAGAAAUCACCUUUGUUGUUAAGGAUGCUGGUGUUGAUCUUUUCAAUGGUUUGUGGUGUUUUUAUCUGUUCCGUGUGUCUAAAGCAGAUAAGCACUCAUGCUAGGACUAUGCUUAUGGAGUUGCCAACUGAGAAACCUCAUCGGAAUAGAUUGGGCCUAACUGAUGUUCCUUGGUUGCAUUACCCCAAUCCUGUGUCUUUCAACAGGAAUGAAUGUGCAAGGAGUCCUGUGCGAUUUUUUGCUAUUUUGUCAAAUCAGAGAUCAGGAAGUGGGUGGUUUGAGACCCUUUUGAAUAGCCAUAUUAAUGUGAGCUCCAACGGGGAGAUUUUUUCAGUUAGAGAAAGAAGAGUAAAUGUUUCUACCAUUGUGCAGACUCUGGAUAAAGUUUACAACCUAGACUGGUUCAGUAGUGCUUCUAAGAAUGAGUGCUCAGCCGCAGUUGGAUUGAAGUGGAUGCUUAAUCAGGGAUUAAUGGAGCACCCUAAGGAAGUAGCAGAUUACUUCAACCGUAGAGGUGUUUCUGUCAUAUUUCUUUUUCGAAGAAACUUGUUACGCAGAAUGGUAUCAAUGCUUGCCAACUCCUAUGACCGAUAUGCUAAACUAUUGAGUGGAGCUCAUAAGUCUCAUGUACAUUCCACAGAAGAGGCUGAUACUCUUUCAAAGUACAAACCUAUCAUUAAUUCUACAUCACUGCUGGCUGAUUUGAAGGAUAUGGAGAUGAGAACUGCUAAGGCAUUAGAAUAUUUCAAUAUCACUAGGCAUAUGAUCCUAUACUAUGAGGAUCUUAUAAGAAAUCGUACUAAGCUGAAAGACGUGCAAGAGUUUUUAGGAUUGCCACAGAUGGAAUUAACAAGCCGUCAGGUUAAGAUACACAGAGGACCGUUGUCAGAUCACAUUAAAAAUUGGGAUGACGUGAACAACACUCUACAAGGAACUGCUUAUGAGAGUUUCCUCCAAGCUGAUUAUUCUUCUUAA